AUGGUCCUCUUCGCCUCCAGCAUGAACCUCCUGCCGCACAUCGUGACACAGCUCCGUUCCCAGUUCUCGGUCAAGGACAUGGGGCCUCUGCAAUACUUCCUUGGCAUCAACGUCCGGCGCUCCGACAGCGGCUUCUUCCUGUCCCAAACCAACUACAUCGAGGACUUGCUUGAGCGAGCCGGCAUGAGCAACUGCAAACCACUGCCAACACCGGUGGACACAAAGCCAAAACCAUCCAGCGCCGAUGGCAAGCCGAUCACCGAGGCGUCGUUCUACCGAAGCAUGGCAGGUGCACUCCAGUACUUGACGGUGACAUGCCCCGACAUUGCCUUCGCCAUUCAACAAGCGUGCCUCCACAUGCACUCACCACGGGAUGUCCACUUCACGAUGCUCAAACGGAUUCUGCGCUACAUCAAGGAAACCCCCAACAUCGGCAUUCAUCUGCGCGCCACGACGUCACCGACGCUAACCGUGUACUUUGAUGCCGACUGGGCAGGCUGCCCCGACACGCGAUGA